CCAGCCAAGCUAGCGCACCUGCUACCGUAUUCACUCUAAAAGAUUUAACUCCCUGUAGCGCACGUUACUGAAAAUACAACAAAAUUAUUAUUAAUUGGUGUAAAUGAAAUGUUAUUUAUGAACACUACAGCAUCAAAGGGGUGUGUAGAAACAGGUGUAUUAAUAGGCAAUAAAUAGUGAAGUGGUGUUGGCCAUCCGCUGCUGCGUCGUCUGCAGCGCCACAGUCAACACAGUAGUUCCUACCAGGUGUCCGGAGCCACUCACAGUUUUAACUCUUUUUAGGUACAUUAGUAAAUAUGUGUCAGAGAAAGAAGAAGCAGCCCCUUGCUACUCUUCCAUACCAUCGGGCUCCGGCCUUCUUGCGAUUUAAUCCUUUUAUUAAAAAGGGUUACCGUUCAAACUUGUCAACAGCUCAGUGUUUUAACAGCAUCCUCUCGUGGAAUAAUGAGACAUUAAACGUUUGGUCGCACCUGUUUGGUUUCGCUGUCUUCCUUGGACUCUUUGUGUAUGACACGACCAUAGUUUUCUACAAAUAUAAAGGCACUGAAAAUGAUGCCAUUGUUGCAUCAUUUGUCCUCCUUUCUUUCAUGACAUGCAUGCUGCUGUCUUCUCUCUACCAUACCCUCAACUGCCGUUCUGAGGACUCACUCAAGAAAUGGCUCUCUUAUGACAUUUUUGGAAUAUCAACAUCUUUUCUUGCUAUUUUUCUUAGUGGAAUUUACUAUGGAUUCUGGUGCCCAGAGUAUCUGUUUCAUCGUUACUUGUACAUGAGUAUGGUGUGCAUCCUCUUUGCCGGCGCUAUGACAUUCAUCUUGACGCCAAAAUUGAUGGGGCAAGAGUGGGAAUGGGCUCGAGUCACUCUCUUCACUGGUUGGGCUAUAUCAGGUCUUCUGCCAACCAUCCAUUGGACUUAUCUCCAUGGGGGAAUUGAAUCUUCCAUUGUACAGAUUUUUUUGCCUCGCAUUUUUAUAAUGUAUGGCAUCAGUGGCGCUGCUGUAAUUGUUUAUGUCUGGAAAGUUCCAGAAAGAUAUUUUCCUGCGGCCAUCUCCCAUCGAGGCAGGGUGACCCCCGAAAAAAGAAACAAAAUUUUCUUCUCUUUACAUUUACUAAUACUGAUAAUGGCAACCACUCAGAGACUUACUACCGUCCUACCAAGUCGGUUUGACUUUAUUGGAGCUUCACAUCAACUCUGGCACUUGAUCAUUAUAGCUGCUUUAGUGUACUGGCACCAGACAGGUUUGGAGUAUGCUCGCUUCAGGCUCACCUAUGGAUGCAACACAGUCUUCAUUAAUCAGUGAAAUGUUUACUACUUACUUGAAGGAAGACAAAUUGCAGCUAUAUUAGUAAGGCAGAUGUAACGAGGUACCAGAAAAAGUUGAUGCAUAUGUUAACAGGCAAACAUUAAUUUACCAGUACAUUACCUAUAAGGAUUUUUAGUAUGUGAGGAUAUGUGAGGACUGUACUUGUUAUAAGUAGAGUUGUUUGAUGAAUGGCAGAUUUGUUGCUGUGUAACACUAUUUGGUUGUUAAACAUGGCUGUGAUAGUUACUGUGUGGUGGUAGAUUUAAUCAUUCUAGAAUUGGCUUUGAAGACAUUCAGUGCUCAACAGCCUUCUCAGUAUUACCGGUAAGAUUGCUAAUGAUAAUCAAACCCAAGUCUUCCAUGAUAUGCCUACCUCGAAACAUCUGAUUCUGAUGAUACUUUGUGUGAAUACUAUAGAUGCAAGAUAGUGAUAGAGUACAGUAGGGCCAAGACUUACAAUGUUCCAACAUACAAUGUUUCACACUUCAGACAUUAACACUUUUGAACUAAUUAAUUACUUAUAAACUUUUUUUUUUUUUCAACAAGUCGGCUGUCUCCCACCGAGGCAGGGUGACCCAAAAAGAAAGAAAAUCCCCAAAAAGAAAAUACUUUCAUCAUCAUUCAACACUUUCACCUCACUCACACAUAAUCACUGUUUUUGCAGAGGUGCUCAGAACACAACAGUUUAGAAGCAUAUACGUAUAAAGAUACACAACAUAUCCCUCCAAACUGCUAAUAUCCCAAAACCCCUCCUUUAGAGUGCAGGCAUUGUACUUCCCAUUUCUAGGACUCAAGUCCGGCUAUAUAAAAAUAACUACACAAAAAACUUAUGAAUACUGAAUGGCAAAAUUGGACCGAAAUAUUGUUAUAAGUUUCAGUCUCCUAAGUGUGGGCUUUUAUGCAUUGUUCCAGUCAAUAAUGAAUGAAGAAUAAUGCAUGGUGUUGUGCAAUUUUCUUUUCUAUAUAAAAAGAGGUUAAUUUUCUGCAUGUAAUAAGACCAAAAAUAAAUUUAGGGUUAGUACUUGUUAGGUAAGACACAUAUGCAACAGUUAGGUAUCUUAAUUUCGAAACGUUUCGCCUACACAGUAGGCUUCUUUAGUCGAGUACAGAAAAGUUGAUAGAAGCAGAAGAUACUUGAAGACGAUGUAAUCAGUCCAUCACCCUUAAAGUUUUGAGGUGGUCAGUCCCUCAGUCUGGAGAAGAGCAUUGUUCCAUAGUAUGAAACAAUAUGGAGAUGAAGUGACAGGAUGGAGCCUUAUAUAGCGCCAGGAGGUGAGACGUAGGUCACUAGAAGAGGUAAGAACGCAGAUGUUGGGAGGUCAGGUCCCUCUCAAAUCCAGCCGUUCUCACUAGUAGAGGUUGUUGAAGUUGAUUGCAGGUCUGUACUUACUGAGAUAUAAGGUGACGAAGUUGACACCAGAUGCUCACAUGAAGACAACAUGGGGUCCUGCUGCUUGCAGAAGUGCUCCAGAUACACUUUUUUUUUUCUCUUUUUUUUUUUUUUUUUAAUUUCCAUUGUUUUUAUGUUCUGAAAAUUACAAUAUAUAGUAGAUCCUGUGAUUUCAUAGCCAGUCAUUGUUCUUGCACAAAUAUUAGGUUCAGAAAUAGUAAUUAACAGUCAUAAAGGCACUGACUGGUGAACUUAUUCACCUGCCUCAGUCACAUACUAUUGUCUACAUUUUUUUUAUUAUUAACACAUCAGCCGUCUCCCACCAAGGCAGGGUGGCCCGAAAAAGAAAAACUUUCACCAUUCACUCCAUCACUGUCUUGCCAGAGGCAUGCUCACACCACAGUUUUAAAACUGCAACAUUAACAUCCCUCCUUCAGAGUGCAGGCACUGUACUUCCCAUCUCCAGGACUCAAGUCUGGCCUGCUGGUUUCCCUGAAUCCCUUCAUGAAUGUUACCUUGCUUACACUCCAACAGCACGUCAGGUCCUAAAAACCAUUUGUCUCCAUUUGCUCCUGUCUAACACGUUCAUGCACGCUUGCUGGAAGUCCAAGCCCCUCGCACACAAAACCUCCUUUACCUCCUCCCUCCAACCUUUCCUAGGCCGACCCCUACCCCGCCUUCCCUCCACUUCAGAAUUGUAUACUCUUGAAGUCAUUCUAUUUUGUUCAAUCCUCUCUACAUAUCCAAACCAUAUCAGUUACCCCUCCUCAGCCAUCUGGAUAAUAGUUUUGGUAAUCCCACACCUCCUCCUAAUCUCCAAACUAUGGAUUCUCUGCAUUAUAUUCACACCACACAUUGCCCUCAGACAUGACAUCUCCACUGCCUCCAGCUUUCUCCUUGUUGCAACAUUCACAACCCAUGCCUCACACCCAUACACAAGUGUUGGUAUAACUAUACUCUCAUACAUUCCCCUCUUUGCUUUCAUGGAUAGAGUUCUUUGUGUCUACAGAUUCCUUUUAUGCACCAUUCACCUUUUUCCCCUCAUCAAUUCUAUGAUUCACCUUGUCCUUCAUCGACCCAUCUGCUGACACAUCCACUCCCAAAUAUCUGAACACAUUCACCUCCAUACUCUCUCCCUCCAAUCUGAUAUCCAAUCUUCCAAAUAUAUACAAGGUUAUUUAAGGGUUCCAGCAAUGUUUUUAGAAGUGCUGGAGUAUAUGAAACUCAUUGAAGUAUGGUGUCAGACAGAGUGGCACUCCACAUUGCUGAUGGUGCACUGCACUAUCAGCACUGCCUCCAGUGAACCUUGGCAUAGGUUUUCUAUUUGUUCUCACUGUUCCACAAGCAUAAGUAUGACUGUGGCAAUGAAUAGAUACAGGAGGCCCUCCACAUUCGCAAGGGUUAGGGAAUCAAGAACCUCGUGAAUCUUGAAAAUUUGCGAGUGUUUGGUGCGCAGAUAUGAUGUAGGGAAUGUUUUGAUGCGCAAAUAUAUUGUAGGGAAAUAUAAUAAUAGCAAUAUAAUAAUAUUGUAUAUACAUGUUAUGGUUUAAUAACAAAUAAUGAACAAACAAAACGCUCACCACUCGUAAGGUCAGGCAGACGAACUUUGACGACUUGUGAUGAUGAUGACAAUGACGACGAUGAUGGUGAUGAUAGCCAUGCAGUUACUGACGACAGUUGAAUGGAGGUGAUUAUAUGGCAUGAUGAGUCUAGUGUGUGGAUUCUAACUCUUCACUGCCAGCAUCACUGCUGACAUCGCUAGAGUCAGAGUUAGCAAUGGAGUCAGAUUCUGCCAUAGGUUGAGGUUCAGGUGAGGCAGUAGGGGUAGUGUAGGGAAUUAUGCUCCUAUCAAUGUCGCUCAUCACCUUCAAAGCCCUCAACAUCGAUGGGUCUUUGUCAUAAAAAAAUUGUUUGAGCUGUGCUGUCAUUCUCAUCACUUGCCCUAGUUUUUCAAGGGUGAGGGCUUGAGGUUGAUUGGCCUCAGCAACACUCUUCUCUUCUUCAUCAUUUAGGCCCAGUGCAUGUUCUUCAACCAGUUUUCUCAUCUCGCCCCUCUGCAUGUCCUCGAACCCUUCACCCACAUUUGUUUGGUAAAUACGAUUGGGUGGCUGGGCAUUCGUGUAUGUUUGAAGCUCGCAAAAGUGGAGGGCUAGCUGUACAUUUAGGCCACAAAAAGUUUUAUACCAAAGCAGUUACAUUUGGUUGGUAUAUAUAUAUAUUGCCUGAAUGACAGGCAUUCACUGACCUGAAUCAAGGGCUCUGAUGUAAGUUUAUUUAGGCACAGGUACACAAAAAGUACAAUUAUCAUUUUUUUUUUUUUAACGUGUUGGCCGUUUCCCACCACUACCAUAAAAUAUUUUCCUUCUGAGCUUAUAGUGAGUGGUGAAUAUAUUUAUUAUAGGAAGUCUGAAUAAAUGAGGAAUGGGUAUAACUGAAAACAACUGCAUUAGCACAACACCGUAAAGUCAAGCACUGUAAAGCAGGACCUCCCUGUACGCAUUCAGAGAUACUAAAGGUAUAAAUUUGUUGUCAGAUAUUUAAGAAUCCAAGAGAGCACGAAUUACAGAGCCUACUGCCAGUUAUAGUUUAAGAAACAUCUUGUCCAUGAGACUCAAGGAUUGCUAAAUAGCCAACCUUCCUAAAGUUGAAAGAUUAUUCUGCUGCUUGGCUUUUUUUUUUUUUUUUUACAAAAUAUAUGCCACAUGCCACCUAGCUGCAAAUCCCUGAUCCAAUCAGUUGGUCAGAGAAACCAUGGAAUGGGUGAGGUUUGAACUUAUGGCAAGUGAGGAUCUUUAAAAUGAAAUGUAAUAACAGAGCAGAAUACUGAAAUGUUAACUACUGUAUAUCAUGUAUUUAGAGGAAGUACUGGCUUGGGAAUAUUUCAUUAUUUAAGAUUGUAUAUUAACCCUUUGAGGGUUUCGGACGUACUAGUACGGCUUACGACCCAGGGUUUUUGACAUACUAGUACGCCUAAAUUCUAGCGCCCUCAAAUCUAGUGGGAGAAAGCUGGUAGGCCUCCAUAUGAAAGAAUGGGUCUAUGUGGUCAGUUUGCACGGUAUAAAAAAAAUCCUGCAGCACACAGUGCAUAAUGAGAAAAAAAAACUUUGACCGUUUUUUUGGAAUAAAACAGCGACUUUGCACUGUAUUUUCGUAUGGUAUUUAUUGUUGUAUUCUAGUUUUCUUGGUGUUAUUUUAUAGAAUGGAAGGCAUAUCAUAGAAAUUGAGAUGAUUUUGACUGGUUUUACAAUGAAAAGUACCUUGAAAUUGAGCUCAAAGUAGCAGAAAUGUUCGAUUUUUACCAAAGUUCAAAAGUAAACAAAUCAUGCCAAGCGUUCAAUACACGUCAACUGGUGAGUCUGAUAUUCUUUUGCAAGUGCGCCAAUAUGAUUCAUACCAUUUUUUACACUAAUGCAGUAGUUUGCAUAACAGUAAAUCUUCUAUUUUUUGUGAGAAUAAAAAUUCAAAGUGGAAAGCAAAAGAAUGUAAGUGGGGCCUUGAGACAUGGCUAAUGAACAGAGGAAAUGUCAUUUUAGUGCCAGGAAUGUAUUUCUUGUUUGUUCUGGACCCUAUUCGGAAAUUGGCAUCUUUUGAAAUUUGUGUGAAAUUGGCAAAAUUGCUAAAUUCUGACCACUGUACUGGAUAGUUGAAAUUGGUAAAUGGGUGGUUUCUUGCACUCAUUCAAUAGAAAAAAUGGAGUUCUAGCGAAAUAUUCAUGUUUUUUGUCGACUAGUACAGUGGAACUGGCCGAAAAUGGGGCUCAAAGUGGGCAAAAUCGCCGAUCCGUAAACAUCGCCGAGACCGCUAACUUCGCGAGAGCAUAAUUCCGUAAGUUUUCCAUCAAAUUUCAUAUUUUUGGUGUCAUUAUGAUUGGGAAAAGAUUCUCUAUCUUUUCAAUAGAAUUUUUUUUUUUUUUUUUCAAAUUUGGCCGACCCUGAGAACGAGUCUCGGAGAGGGCCUGUCGACCCUCAAAGGGUUAAUAAUGAUGGUACAUACUACUAUUGUGCCAAAUUUUUGGUUUAAUUAUGUGGAUACCAAAAUUUCACAAUUCUUUGAAUAUUGUACAGUUGAGGAUACUUCAUCUGAAAUGCUUGGGACCAGAAGUGUUAUGUAUUUUGGAUUUUUCCGAUUUUGUAAUUUUUGUAAAUUUGCAUUUGUAAAAUUGGAUAGCUUGGGGAUGGAACCCAAGUCUGAAUAAACACUGCUUAACAGUGGUAGGCUAAGUAAACCAGGCAAUAGAGUUGGAUGGACUAUGGGAAGUAUCAGUAGGAUAAUUCCCCUCUUUACCAUCAAACCACCCGGUAAUAAUAUUUUUGCUUACCUCAAACAAUCCUGAUAUUAAAUAAACAUUAUCAGAUAUAAAAAGCAAAAGUAAAAUUGUGGUACAUUGUUAAAAGGGGUUCAAAUAACAGUACAUAUCAAUAUACAGUAGUAAUACACAAAAGCAGCCAUUUACGCACCAUAGCUUUGUUUUGGUCAUGUUGUAAUACAAAUGUACUCUUAUUAAACAGUAAAAUCAAUAAACUUAAGAACAUAAACACGAAAUAUUUUUAAAACUCAUGAAAAAAACAUCACAAAUCAAUAUGCAGUCCUAGCUGUAGACACGUCCACUUGCACACAUUGAAACAUUGAGUAGAAAGAGAAUAUAGCCAGUUAGGUCCAGUUCACGUACUGAACUGAGCGUGAUUUCAUGAGAGUGAUAGUGUCCUGCAAAUGUUCAGUUGCAGCUAAAUUGAGUGACACUGAAAGACACAAAAAUACUGCCAAGCACAAAAAAAACUAAAGAACCAUUCAGUAUACAAAGACUUUGGGUAUUCCUAAAUGAUUUAUACAUAUGUUACUAUGUAUGAUAAUUUGUGUACCUGUACUUACAUAAACUUACUAAGCGAUGAUGUAAGAAGAACAGAAGGAAAUAUAUCUUUGUUCAUUGCUGAACAUUGUUCAUUAUGCACAAUGACUAUAUAAGUUAACUGCAAAGAACAUUUGCUGACAGUUCUGGAAGUUAGAACCUCUUAAGCUCAGGAUUGGGAUUUAGCAGGUCUAGAAUAGCCCGUACACUGGUGAGUUUUUUUUUUAGCGCUGUAUUAUGUAAAUUUAGUGCGUUUAGCUUGCUUUAGGUUUCUUGAUCAGCAGAUGCUUAUCACCAUUAAUCUUUAAAUAUUUAAUGCCAUGCCUUUUCUUAAAUUUUUGUAAUCAACCUGCUGAAUAGUCGCAGUUACCUUCAGUGUUCAUUUCAUCAUGUAAGAUUUUUGCUUGUUUCAUGAUCAGCAUUCCAUUAAGCAGCCUAUGCUCACUCUAACACUGAUGAAUCCACUCCAUCAAUAUACAAUCGAGAUCUUCAUUUUUCCUUCUAUGCAAUUUUUUUCUAUUUUUCAUUAACUUUGUUCAUCAUUUUCAGCACAGAACUUCAACAAUUUGUCCUUGUUUCAUUAGGUCAUAGAUAGUGGUUGUUCCAACAGUAAACACCUCAGUCAGAUGCUUCACACUUACACCGCUGUCAAGUUUUUCCAACAACUUGACUUUCUGUGAUAUAGGUAAACAUAAAUGCUUUCUCUUUUUCUUUUCACCAUUAUCCAUAGACCUUUUUGACAUUGUCAACAAUAUCUUCGCACCACAGAGCACAAAACAUAUGGUAAUCAGUGAGUAAUUGCAUCUGACAACAAACUGAAUGAUUCAUUUGUGGCACAUCGUGUCAGCACUCGGAAAACUUUUGGAUUGUGGACUUAUUCAGAUUUUGGAAUUUCAGGUAAAGGAUUCUCUACUGUAUUACAGUUUGUUGAAAUGAUGGUAUUGGGGAUAUUUCUGCUUCUAUAAUUGUGUUACUGUAUUAAGUGAAAACAGAAUGAAUACUCUUCCUUUGUUGUGUUUUUCAUAGAAUUUAUUUUAAAUCAGUCAUACUGUGUUGAGAUAGUAGGGAAAUACUCUUGAGGCUUUAAAAGCCAUAUUUUAAGAUAUGUUAGAGAUAAUGUGGUUAGAUAGUACAUAGAUUACUAUAGAUGUAGUCUGAUGUAUUGAUUUAUAGUAAGAACUUACUCAUAGUGUGAUAAAUAUUAUUAAAUGUAUACUGAAGGUUAUAGAUGUCUGCAAAUUCAUAGUUUGAGUAUGUAGAUUAACCCACAAAUUGGAGAUAAAUAUGUAGAUGGCAUUUAAAUCUGACAGUGAUCCAUGAUGUAACAGAAUGUCAUCUCAAGAUUUAUCUUCAAUUGUGUAUUAUUUGUGAAUUAUUCCAGUUAUUGUGACUGUUUCUUCACAGUCUGAAUAGUUAUUAAAUGCAUAGUCAAGGUUAUCAGUAAGAUUAUGCUAACCAUAGUUGAAAGUUUGAACAUUUAUAUUUAUAGGAAAACCUCGGUUGCUAUAUUCUAAAUAAUAGUGUUAAGUACAUACAUGUAUUUCUUUCUUUCUUUCAACACACCGGCCGUAUCCCACCGAGGUGGGGUGGCCCAAAAGGAAAAAUGAAAGUUUCUCCUUUCAAAUUUAGUAAUAUAUACAGGAGAAGGGGUUACUAGUCCCUUGCUCCCGGCAUUUUAGUCGCCUCUUACAACCGCAUAGCUUACGGAGGAAGAAUUCUGUUCCACUUCCCCAUGGAGAUUAAGUACAUAUAUAUUAAAGAAAUUUAGUUUUAUACUCGGUUCUAUCCUGUACUUGUUUUACAUGAUGGUAGGAUUGCUGGUGUCGUUUUCCUGUCUCAUAAACAUGCAAGAUUUCAGGUACAUCUUCCUACUUCUACUUUCACUUAGGUCACACUACACAUACAUGUUCAAGCAUAUAUAUACACACCCCUCUGGGUUUUCUUCUAUUUUCUUUCUAGUUCUUGUUCUUGUUUAUUUUCUCUCAUCUCCAUAGGGAAGUAGAACAGAAUUCUUCUUCCAUAAGCCAUGCGUGUCGUAAGAGGCGACUAAAAUGCCGGGAGCAAGGGGCUAGUAACUCCUUCUCCUGUAUACAUUACUAAAAUUAAAAAGAGAAACUUUUGUUUUUCUUCUUGGGCCACCCUGCCUUGGUGGGAUGUGGCCAGUUUGUUGAAAGAAGAAGAAAGUCAGCUGUAUUAUAAAACUUUGCUGUGUAGUGAGAUUUUUGGUUUGUCAUACCUGAGCAACUGUAACAAAUUGUCAAGGUCAGUCUCGUGAAGAGACUUUCACAUGGCCGUUAUUUUCAUGUGCAGUGGCAAAAAUUCUUCAGGUCUGGAUGGCACCUACAAAGCAAACAGGUGAUUUUUUUAUUAAUGAUUGAAUAUGGGAACUUUUGAGUGCAUUGCAGAGAUUAGGAAAGCUGUUAUGUUUGAUUUGACAUUUUGAAAAUAACAAAAUUUAUUAUACAUCAACAGUGUAGAGUGCUCAGGACUGGAUUAUGGCAUUGGCUUUAGGGGCUGCAGCCCCUAAAGCUGGAGGGCCUCCAGAGAUUAAGAGAAAAAUGUUCAGUUACUGCUGUGAGUUUAUAAUUACAGUAUGUUAUUGUAUCACGUAUAUUGUGUACUAUUGACCGUUGUGAUUAAUUUUUUUCCCUUUUGAAAAUGUCACUGGGGGCCUCGAAGUACCAGUAGCCCAGGGGCCUACAAAAUCUUAAUCUGGCUCUGACAAUGCUGUAUAAGAACUUUGACAAGUUGCACUAGUUUACCAUAACUUUGUUCACUGAAAGUAUACCAGUAAAUUAUUAUCUGGAAUGUAUUAUGGAGUAUUGUAUUGAGCUCUUGCUUGUGUUUAAAUUUUAUUACACACACUUUACUAUAUUGUGGGAUUUAUAUACAGUUCUGUAUACAAAUACAAAUAUCCAGACUCCAUAUUACUACAUCUGACUUCAAAAUUUCUUAUUAAUCAAAGUAAUGGACAUUGUUAUUAUAAUCAUAACUAAGUGCUAAACCCACAAGGGAAAGUACUGCACAGGUCACCACAAUUACAAAAUUAUGCCAAAUUCUCCCACCAAGAUAGGAUGACCCAAAAGAAUCAAACAAGGCAAAAUAGGUUUUCUUUUAGUCACUUUCCACUUCCUGCAUAUCCCAUUUGUAUUCUGUUUUUGGUAAAAAAAAAUUUUAAAUUUAAUCAUUUCUAUUUUGGCAGAAUGUUAAAAUUCAAUCAUCAGCUCUAUACAGUUACUUUUUUUUAUGUAUAGGUUAUUUGUAGUCAUAUUGUACACAGUAAAUUUUAUUACAUGUAAUCUACUUGUCCCACGAAUAUUAAAUUGGAAUUUUUAUUCCAAACGGGUUAUUACCAUAGCAUUGAUUUUAAGAAAUGAUGUUAUAGACAUCUUUUAGUGUCUUUAAACUAAACACUGACAUUUUUAUGAAAAUUAUAUCAAACAAGGUUUUCCUGGAUUAAUUAUAAUUUGUUGAUUGUUUAAAAUGUAUUUAAAAUACAAGUGUAUUUUUAUGUAAUAAGCAGAAUUUUAUUAUGAUUAUUUAGUGUAUUUAUAAUCACUGAUGUUUUAAUGAAUAACCUUUUCAUGCACUAAAAACAAAAUGCAAAUUUUGUGUCAUGAAAGCUGCCCUCUGAUUAGGGCAUUUAUUUUUGCACAUAUUAUAAGACAUUAAUUUCUACACAAUUUAAUCAGCAGCAAAACUAUGGACUACAGUAUUAGCUAUUCUAGGUUAAGGUAGGUGAGAGAGAGGGAGCCGAAAAUUAUUAUUGUGAUCAAAUAAAGCGCUAAACCGACAAGGGUCAUGCAGCGCUGCGGGGCAGAAAAUAGUGCCAGUUCUAUAAACAGUUACCUCUUCAAGGGGGGCUCCUUGGUGUGGUGAAGAGGCUCUUGGUCUGAGGAAUUAGACCUGUCGGUCUCCUUCCUCAAACCGAACCCAAUCCUCCCUUCCCUAUCCCAUCCUCCCCUUUUUCCUUUCCUCCUCCUCCUCCUCCCCACCCCUCCCUUUUGCCCUUCUUCUUUUUGGCCUUUGGGAUUUUUCCCACAGGCACACUAGUUCAUAGGUAGGAGGAAGGGUACCAGGGUCCAUCCCAUUCCGUUGAGGUUCUUGGAGGUGGCGUAGUUUGCCAUGGGAUCUGGAUUGCCUGGGGAUGUCCCGAUCCCUCUCCGGUAUCCCGAAGGGUGGCUUUGGGUGUCUUUUGGGCGAUGGGUGUAUCUCUGGAAGCCACCUUUCGGAUUCUGGGGGUGGUGGCCGAAGGAGGUAUGCUUUGUGGCGGAUAUCCAGCCGCCCUCUCUCUUGUCCACCGAGGUAGCUCAGCAGAUGUGAGGUUGCUAUCCCGGAUUGCUGGUUUACUGGCAUGAAGGGUAGGGUAUGGCACGGGUUCCAUGCUGCAUCUGCGCUACUUGUGGUGCUGAGGUCCUCUUGGGCACAGAGGGAGAUUUCUGACCCUUUCAUUCCUCCUAGGAACUAUCCCUCCCUGGUCCCCCCUUUUUUUAUUCUUUUUUUAUUUUCUUUUCUUUUUUUCUUAAAAACAAAAAGAAGUAACCUAACCAUGGAGUCCGAAACCCAUGAACCCGCUACCCCCGGGCCCCUUAUUGUGACCUCGCCUCGUCUUUUGGCCACUCUUUGGACAUUCCUAAGGUCCCUGUACCUCUUGCUGGUGCUGUUUUCUCACCCGCUUCAGGUGCCGGGGUUUCGACUGACUCCUUUGACUAUGCUUCCGGCCUCUCCCUCUACGGUGCGGCAAUUUUCGAAUCGCCAGCCCAUCCCACGUCGGACCGACUCUGGACCCACUUCUAAACGCCAAAGACAAUCUCCUGAUGACGUUACUUCGUUACCUUCCCAUUCUACUCGGAAAAGACCGACACGUCAUGCACUCCCUCUCCACACUGUUUCAGACCACACAAUGGACUAAAUUCUUUACUUUAAGACCAACUUCUUCUACUGCCUAUCUCUCUGACCAUAGUAUUGGCAAAGCGCUCCUACACCACGUUGGUAGAGAUAUUUCCUUUCAUGCUCUUAAGAGUGGUACACGCAUCAUCACAGUCCAGAAUUCUACCCAAGCUCAUGAUCUUUCUCUUUCACAUAUCGAUAUUAUUCCUAUCACUAUCGAAAAACAUCAUUCCCUCAAUUCUUGUAGUGGUACUCUUAUUCUGCCCCAUACCAUAGUCCAACAGAAUUUCCAGACAUGUGGCAAUGACAUUCUCAAACAGCUGUUACUCCAAGAUCUCCCAAUUCUUACGGUAGACACUUAUGUUCUUCCUGCCCGCGGGCGAAGACGAUACCUUUGCAAUGUGGCUCGUUUAACUUUUGACAGCCGUGUACUCCCAUCCUCUGUUUAUUUAGCAUGACAUCAGUUACAAGUUCGGAAGGUGAUCCCUACACCGCAACAGUGUAGGAAUUGCUGGCGAUUUGGCCACCCAGCAAAAUAUUGCAGAUCUAUAGCCGAAUGCUCAGUCUGUGGUGCCGAUGACCAUUCUAAUACAUCUUGCCGUCGAACUCCCUCUUGCCUUAAUUGUCAUGAGGCUCACCCUUCGUACUCUCGCUGUUGCCAGGUCUACUUAAAUGAGCGGGAAAUUUGUUGCCUCAAAGAGGCAGGUCUCCUUUAUGCCAUGGCAGUUUCUCAUCUCCGCCUCCAAGGAAAACUACCCCGUGUUAUUCUCGUGUUUCAAAAUGCCCCCCCACUUCUGGGGUCCCAUCUUCUGCAGCCUCCUCUGCAGUUGCCAGUCCCAUAGUCACUCCUGUAUCUAAUUCUUUUGCUGUCCUGGGCUCAGACGUCCCUACUUCAACACCUCAGUCCGCCCUCGCUGCUUUGUGUUCUCCCUCACAAAUCCCGGUAUCGACAAGACCUCGUACGACACCUCCUCCGAAUCAUCCCUUUACUUCUCAGAGGUCCAAAAAAUCUUUAACCCCUCCUUCCCUUCAUCCACCUCCACAUUUUACCUUCCCAGUCUCUGUACCUGGGUCUUCCCCUUUCACUGGCUCUGUUACAAGUGUGGAGGGUCAUCCUCCUCGUACUGUGCCUUCCUCCCCUGUCCCCUGCCAAGUUUCUUCCUCUUCUGCUACCUCCCAGGUUUCUGCCUCUUCUGUCCCCUCCCACACUUCUCCAGUUCCCUCCACCCUUUCACCCCCCCCCCUACCUUGGUACAGUCCAUUACACCUCCGAUCUUUACUCAAACUCCUUCUCCUUCCAUCUCCAAUAUUGUCUCUCAUACAACGUCUCUGAACUCUGAAACACUUGAAGCAAUCUCUGAAUAUAUUGCAGAGACCAACCCAUCAAUGGACACUGAUCCACCCUCUGUUCCUUCUCUUUCCUCUUCUCCAUCUGCGCAACUCCUUUCUUCACAGUGCAACGUUCCUUCGCUGCUUGAACGUUUUCCUUUGCCACCGCACGUGGACUUUUCUAACCCCUCUAGUCCGUACCCUUACCUGUGGAUUUCAGGUAUCUUUAUCAUUGUCAAUCAUGGCCUAUUUACAGUGGAAUAUACGUGGCCUCGGGUAAUCGGGGUGAGCUCUCCCAGUUUUCCCCUGUUGGAGUUUGCUUACAGGAACCAAAAUUACACUCUGCUGUUAUCUAUCCCAUCUCAGGCUAUAAUUUAUUGUAUUCUUCAGAUCCUUUUCCUGAUGGGACCUUUAAUGAAAGUGCCCUUCUUCUACGCACUGAUAUUCCGUACCAUCAGCUAUUUGUUCGUACUUCGCUGCAUUACACAGCAGCCCGUAUCCACUUGCAUAGGUGGUAUACACUCUGUUCUUUGUAUCUCUCUCCUUCUCGGGCAUUAUCUAUCCCAGAUAUUGCCUUUCUUGUUUCGUCAUUACCGCCACCACUUCUGUUACUUGGCGAUUUUAAUGCCCAUCAUUUCCAAUGGGGGGGUCUCACUGUGAUGCCCGUGGCAUUCAGUUAGAGGCUUUUCUUGCUACCCGCCCCCUCCACGUUCUAAAUACAGGUACUCACACCCAUUUUGAUACCCGUACUCAUACUCUCUCUUCCAUCGAUCUUUGUCUGCUCUUCCUCCGCCGCAUUAGACUUCACCUGGUAUGUUCUCCUGGAUUUACAUGACAGUGAUCAUUUCCCAAUCAUUCUUACAUCCCCUUCGCAUUCACCACCUCUUCGUAACCCCGCUGGCAAUUUGAUCAGGCAAAUUGGAACCUUUACUCAUGGCUAACUGUUUUGAGUGAGGUUCCUUCUUCGUCCUCCAUUGAUGAGCUUUUACACCUCUUCUCGUCCUCCGUUUUAACCGUAGCUUCUCAUUCUAUACCCCAAACUUUAGGCAGGCAUUCUCAGAAAUGCAUGCCUUGGUGGUCUCCUGCUUGUGCUCGUGCAGUACGUUUGAAACAUGCUGCGUGGGGCAGGUACCGGUACAAUAGAACCAUGGAGAGACUACUUGAUUUUAAGCAGAAGCAUGCGAUCGCUCGCCGUGUCAUCGGUGACGCUAAAUCCACUUGCUGGCGAGAUUAUCUCCACCAUCACCUCUGCUUCCUCUUUGAGUGCAGUCUGGAAAAAAGUACGAAAACUGAGUGGUAAAUAUUUUCCUGACCCGGCUCCUGUUCUGCGGGUUGCUGGUGUUAUAACAAACCAACUGGAUGUUGCCAAUGAAAUUGGCAAUCAUCUGGUCCGUAUUUCUCAGGGGCUCCAUCUAUGCCCCUCGUGUCUUUCCUCAAAGUCUGCCAGAGAGCUAACACCCUUGGACUUUUCUUCUCUCAGAGAAGAACAGUAUAAUGUGCCUUUUACACUUCAGGAACUGGAGGCAACACACUCAGCUUGCCAAUCAUCGGCAGCUGGGCCCGACGACAUUCAUAUUCGUAUGCUACAACAUUUACAUCAGUCAGCCCUUGCAGUCCUAUUACGCCUUUUCAAUCUUAUUUGGUCACAAGGAGUUCUUCCACAGCUGUGGAAAUCUGCCAUUGUUCUCCCUUUCCGCAAACCGGGCACUACAGGACAUGAAACCUCCCACUAUCGUCCCAUUGCUCUUACCAGUGCAGUUUGCGAAGUGAUGAAACGCCUGGUAAAUAGACGUUUAGUGUGGUAUUUAGAGAGACACAACAGUCUCUCCACUCGUCAAUAUGGCUUUCGUAAGGGCCGUUCUACAGUAGACCCCUUACUACGCUUGGAUACCUAUGUUCGUAAUGCCUUUGCGAAUAACCACUCGGUUAUUGCCAUAUUUUUUGACCUUGAGAAGGCAUAUGACAACUUGGAGGUAUAAUAUUUUGGCCCAAGCCCACUCCUUAGGCCUCCGAGGCAAUCUACCAUCCUUCCUUAAGAACUUUUUAACUGACAGACAUUUCCGUGUUCGGGUUAAUAAUGUGCUCUCCCCGGACUUUAUCCAAGCCGAAGGUGUCCCCCAGGGAUGUGUUCUGAGCACAACACUUUUUCUCCUUGCUAUAAAUGAUUUGGCUUCUAGUCUUCCAUCCAAUAUGUGGUCAUCACUAUGUUGAUGACUUCGUUAUUAAUAGCCUGUGCAGGCGCUGACUGUCACCUCAUGCUGUCGACCGUGUUUCCAAUUGGGCCGCCACACAUGGGUUAAAAUUUUCCAGUACCAAAACUCGCCAAAUUACUUUCACUAGACACACUGCCAUCUCCGAUCAUCCUUUGUACCUCUAUGGCUCCCGUAUCCCUGAACGUGAUAGUCAGGUUUCUGGGCCUCCUGUUUGACCAUAGGUUAUCCUGGAAACCUCACAUUACCUCUCUGAAGGCAACUUGCCACAGCCGGCUGAACCUUCUUAAAACCCUUGCUCAUCUUUCAUAGGGAGCUGAUCGUCGAACUCUCCUUCGCCUACAUUCCACCCUCAUUUUAUCGAAACUUGAUUAUGGUGACCAGAUCUAUUCAGCGGCCUAUUCUGCUACUCUCUCUAGCCUUAACCCCAUUCAUCACCAAGGAUUACGUUUAUGCCUUGGUGCUUUUCGCUCUUCCCCUGUUGAGAGCCUCUAUGCAGAAGCGAACGUUCCAUCCUUAUCCGAUCGCCUUGAUGCCCAUUGCCUUCGCUACUAUGUACACUCAUGAUCUCCGUAAUCCUUCCAUUUACAGAAUGGUCACCGAUAUUAGUAGACAUUCUUUAUUUGUUCGCCGUCCCUGUUUGCUCCAUCCCUUCUCUCUCCGCCUACAUUCGCUCGUCUUCUCUUCAAUUACCACCUUUCUAUGUUCAUGUAGCAUCUCACUUUUCCCUACCCCCCUGGGAAGUUCCAGCUGUUCGAGUCUGUUCUUUCUCACUCCCUUGCUCGAAAGCCCAACUGUCUACGGUAGCUUCCCACUCUUUCUUGACCACUUCCACUCUUUCUCAUGCCAUUGCAGUGUACACAGAUGGCUCUAAGUCUUCUGAGGGCGUAGGAUUCGCAGCAGUUUUUCCGGACAGCGUCGUACGAGGGCAUUUACUAUCUUCGGCUAGUAUUUUUACUGCUGAAUUGUAUGCCAUUCUUCUUCUGUUGAGGUUUCAGGGCCACUGACAGCAUACGCCAUAUCGAGCCUGGCCGUCCAGUGCUAGGAGAGGGAAUAUCGACCAAAGUGGAAGAAUGUCUUGACUAAUAUCAUAUGUCUCUGAUAUGUCCUGAAGCCAGCAGGAAGGAGCAGGUACAAGCCAAUAUCUCCUGAUGGUCCAGAGGGCGAAACUCCUCCCCGUUGAGGAGGACAGGUAGUGUGAAAGUGUGCACCCCAAGUGUGCACAAGGCCGCACGGAGAGUAGUCCAUGCAGAGUGAUAACGUGGGCACCACAGCAGGGAGUGUUCUUGAUAGCAACCUCACAUCUGCCGAGCUACCUCGGUGGACAAAAGAGAGGGCGGCCGGAUAUCUGCCACAAAGCAUACCACCUCUGGCCACCAUCCCCGGAAUCCGAAAGGUGGCCUCCAGAGAUACACCCGUUGCCCGAAAGACCGGAGAGGGAACGGGAUAUCCCCAGGCGAUCCAGAUUCCACGGCAAACUACACCACUGCUAAAAACCUCAACGGAAUGGGAUUGACCCCGGUACCCUUCCCCCUACCUAGGAACCAGUAGGCCUGUGGUUAGAAUCCCAAAGGCCAAAAAGUGGAAGGGAAUAAGGGAGGGACAGGGGGGGAGGAGGAGGAAAGGGAAAAGGGAGGAUGGGAUAGGGAAGGGGAGAUUGGGGAGUAAUUAGGUUCGGUCUGAGGAAGGAGACCAACAGGUCUAAUUCCUCAGACCAAGAGCCUCUUCACCACGCCAAGGAGCCCCCCUUCAAGAGGACUUGGGCCCUGAAACCGCAAAAGCCAGCAAAGUGCUCAAGUUUUAACCCUUUGACUCGCAAGCCCCUUUCUGAAACUGUCAUUCUACGUCACAAAAGUUUCGGAAAAAAAAUAUUUUCUUUUGAAAUGAUAUAGAAUCUUUUCCCGAUGGUAAUGACACCAAAAGUACGAAAUUUGGUCGAAAACUCACGGAAUUAUGCUCCCGCGAAGUUAGCGGUCUCGGCGACAUGUACGCAUCAGCAAUUUCGCAGAUUUUGAGCCCUGUUUUUGGCCAAUUCCGUUGUUCCAGUUGACCAAACUCAUAGCUAUUUCUUUAGAACUCCAUUUUUUCUAUCAGUUGAGUACAAGAAACUGCCCGUUUACCUAUUUGAACUACCCAAUAAAGUGGUCAGAAAUUGGCAAUUGGGCCAAUUUCAUGCAAAUUAAAAAAAAUGCCAAUUUCAAAAUAGGGUCCAGAAUAAACAAUGUAGACAUUCUUGGCACUAAAAUAACAUAUCCUCUGUUCAUUAGUCACGUCUCUAGGCCCCUCUUAUAUUACUAUUGCUUUCUAUAUUGAUUUUUUAUUCAUACAAAUGAUGUUGGUGAGGGGCUCUUGAUUUAGGGAAUUGGAUCUGUGCUCCAGUUCCCCGAAUUAAGCCUGAAUGCCUUCCACAUCCCCCCCUAGGUGCUGUAUAAUCUUCCGGGUUUAGUGCUUCCCCCUUGAUAAUAAUAAUAAUAUUCAUACAAAAAAAAAUACAAAAUUUACUGUUAUUCAGACUAAUGCAUUAUUGUAAAAAUAUAAAUAAUAUCAGUGCACUAGUGAAAGAAUAUUAGACUCCCCAGUUGACGCCUCUUCAAGGGGGGCUCCUUGGCGUGGUGAAGAGGCUCUUGGUCUGAGGAAUUAGACCUAUCGGUCUUCUUCCUCAGACCGAACCUAAUUACCCCCCAAUCUCCCCUCCCCUAUCCCAUCCUCCCCUUUUUCCUUUCCUCCUCCUCCUCCCCACUCCUCCCUUUUGCCCUUCCUCUUUUUGUCCUUUGGGAUUUCUCCCACAGGCGCGCUAGUUCCUGGGUAGGAGAAAGGAUACCGGGGUCCAUCCCAUUCCGUUGAGGUUCUUAGCGGUGGCGUAGUUUGCUGUGGAAUCUGGAUCGCCUGGGGAUGUCCCGAUCCCUCUCCGGUAUCCCAGAGUAGCUUUGGGUGUCUUUCGGUCGAUGAGUGUAUCUCUGGAAGCCACCUUUCGGAUUCCGGGGGUGGUGGCCGAAGGAGGUAUGCUUUGUGGCGGAUAUCCGGCCGCCCUCUCUUUUGUCCACCGAGGUAGCUCGGCAGAUGUGAGGUUGCUAUCCCGGAUUGUUAGUUUACUAGCAUGAUGGAUAGGGUAUGGCACGGGUUCCAUGCUGCAUCUGCGCUACUUGCGGUGCUGAGGUCCUCUUGGGCGCGGAGGGAGAUUUCUGGCCCUUUCAUUCCUCCUAGGAACUAUCCCUCCCCGGUCCCCCCUUUUUUUUCUUUUUUUUUAUUUUUAUUUCUUUUCUUCUUUCUUUUUUUUUCUUAAAAACAAAAAGAAAGAAGUAACCUAACCAUGGCAGCCCUAGUCCAUGAACCUGGUACCCCCGGGCCCCUUCUUGAUACCGCACCCCGUUCUGACCCCGCCUCGUCUUUGGACCACUCUUCAGACAUUCCUCGUGCCUCUGUACCUAUUGCCGGUGCUGUUUCCUCACCCGCUUCAGGUACUGAGGCCUCGACUGACUCCUUCGAUUUAUCAGACCUUCGCUCUCCUCUGACUAUGCUUCCGGCCUCUCCCUCUACGGUGCGGCAAUUUUCAAAUCGCCGACCCGUUCCACACGUCGACCAACUCGGGUCCCACGCCUAAACGUCAACGACAAUUACCUGCUGAUGAUACUUCUCCACCUUCACCUUCUCGUUCUUCUCAGAAACGAUCGACACGUCCUUCACUACCUUUCCACGCUCAGUUUCAGACUGAACAGUGGACAAAAUUCUUCACUUUACGACCAACUUCCUCUACUGCCUAUCUUUCUGACCAUAGUAUUGGCAAGGCACUCCUACGCCAUGUUGGUAAAAUAUUUCUUUUCAUGCUCUUAAGAGCGGUACGCGCAUCAUUACCGUACAGAAUGCUACCCAGGCUCGUGAGCUCUCUCGUCUUUCCCAUAUAGAUACUGUUCCUGUCACCCUUGAAAAACAUCAUUCCCUCAAUUCUUGUAGUGGUACCGUCAUUCUGCCCCAUACCAUAGUUCAACAAAAUUUCCAGACAUGUGGCACCGACAUUCUAGAACAGCUGGAACUCCA